AUGUCUUUGUAUCUCUUCUUCCCACUUGUCUCUCUACACUUCUUUCUUUCUUCCACAUUUAAAACCUCACUUUAUUUAUUUCUUCCUCAUUUAAACCCUUAUCAAACCAUUUAUUUUGUACUUUCCUGCUUCCUUCCCACCUACCUUCAUUCUCUUCUUCCUUCCUUACUUUUCCUUCCUUAUCUUUUUUAUCUUCCUCCUUUCUUGCUUCUCCCUCAUACUCAUUCUCUUCCUCUUGCCUUGCUUUUCCCACAUCUUUAUUCUCUUGCUCUUCUUUCUUUCUUGCUUCUCCCUCUCUAUCUUCAUUCUCUUCCUCCUGGUUUACUUCUCCCUUUUUAUCUUGAUUCUUUUUCUUAUUUGAUUCAUCCUCCCCCAUCUUCUUUUUCUUUCCCCCCCCUCCUUAUCUUGAUUUUUUUCUCCAUUGCUUCUCUGCCCAUAACACCAGUGUCAUAUUAG